CUUCUCAACUCUUUACUACCUUCUUUCAUUUGUUUUCUUCAUUGUUUCGCGUGAACGUGCUCUCUCGUUUUGACCUUGUUAACUGCCUUACUACCUGACUCCCUCUCCAUUGGCUCUGUCAUGGAUCGAUCAGAUGAAGUCUAGACACGCGACCUAUCAUAUCCCCAUGCAUCAACGGACAAUCUGUACCUGUGAAUAUUCCAGGCCGUCCUGUCCGGUACCUGCACUAGUCUUUUUCUGUCUUGGUUCCAUACAUGUGUGUUCUACCAUAUCCGAAGAGCUGCCUAUCCGUUUGUCCAUCAUUCAGAGCCAUUUUAACUGCCAGCAUAUAGCCAUCUUUUGGUGUAGGCUCCUGGAAACCGGUUUGCUGUUGUCGUUGUGCAUCGCUGUCCAUCUAUAUCUCUCUCUUUCUCUUUCUUUCUUUCUUUCUUUUAUUUUCUUUUCUUUUUUCUUCAUUGCUGUUGCCGUUAGUCAGCUCUCCUCAACUCUACCUGUAAUAUCAUCACCCCUCUCUCUCACAUCCACACAUUCCACUCCCUUUCUCAUCAUAAUUUUUUUUAUAUUCAGCUCCCUAUCCAUUCAUACCUCCAUUUUCAUCAUUCUUUUAUUGACCAGAAUGUGUUAAUGGUUCUAAAGGAUUUUAUCUGACAAUUUUUUUUUUUAAAAAGAACUAUCUGUAACAUUCUCAUCGACAUCUUGUUGUUCAUUGUA